GUCGUGGCUUCUCGCGCUGGGCACCCUUUCGAGCUGGCAGGUCCUCGUGGCAACCUGCCAUGGCGCCGGCAGGACUCUCGCCACGCUUUGUCUUCGCCAGCCACGUCUUAAAAAGACGGCAUGACCCAGGACCCAGGGCCCAUCCCUUACGUCCUCUCUCGGGUUCGUCGUUCAGCCCGUCAAUGAUCCACUGUCGUCAUCACUUCCCUGUGCCCUCUUGGAAACCUUCCCAAAGAAAGCCUUGACUGCACCUCGCAACUGCUGCACUCUCUGUUCUUGCUAGGCAUCACGGACUCAUCUCCUGCCACACUCAUUGACAACAGUAUAGACCAGCUGGAUUGGACAGGGCCCCUGAAUGUAUGGAGGCCAACAAUCUUCGGCUGGCCUUGCAGCUGAUCCCCAAACUGCCUUUAAUGCUCAGAGUGGUUCUCGCCAACUUGCUAGGGCUGUCCGAGUCGUCACAGUAUCUCGACGUCCGCAGUGAUGUCCUCCUCUCAGUAAUGCGCUCCAUAUUGACGCGGUCGACACCACGACCAAUCGGAAAGGUGCAGGCAAUGACACUCAAAGACCCCGGAAUCAAAGGCCGGAUAUGGAUCAGCAAAGUCGUCGCAGACGUGCCGCCAGAGAACGAUGUCCGAGACGCCCUGAUGGGUGCCGUGGAAGCCAUGAAAGAGCCGAGGUCGAGUGGUGAGGCGCUGAGAGAGCCAGCCAUCGAGCCGGUAGAGGCAGAAUGGACCGGCUAUCGCGCCGGUGCCGGUCCGGACGACCCCCUCCCGAUGAUUUCCGAGACUGAAAAGUACCACGAGAUGAUGAAGGAGUGCAAGCGGAAGAGCACAGUCCUUUACUUCCACGGUGGCGCCUACUACCUCUGCGAUCCGGCGACACAUCGGCAAAGCAAUAAGAAGCUGGCGAAGCUGACUGGAGGCCGUGUCUACUCUGUGCGAUAUCGCCUGGCGCCUCAGAACCCGUUUCCAGCAGCCGUGUUGGACGCGCUGAUAUCAUACUUGACCCUGCUGUACCCUCCACCAGGUGCAGUACAUGAACCAGUUUCUCCUUCGGAUAUUGUCUUUGCUGGAGACAGCGCCGGCGGCAAUUUGAGUCUGGCUCUGCUGCAGACUGUCCUCGAAUUACGACGACAGAACCGACAGAUUACCUGGUUUGGAGAGCUCCGCAGUGUACCAUUACCGGGAGGCGUCGCCGUAAACUCGCCAUGGCUCUGCAUAGUCCAGAGCAUGCCCUCGUGGGAUCGGAACUCGCAGUGGGACUACCUUCCACCAGCGCGGAUGCUCGAAUCUAAACAGCCACCACCCGACCACGCCUGGCCCGCGACACCUCCGCGGAAGCAUUUGUACGUGGACGAUGCAUACAUGCUGCACCCGCUCGUAAGCCUGCAGCUGAAUGCGACGUGGAAAGAGUCGCCGCCGAUUUACAUGUGCACCGGGUGGGAGUGUCUGGCGGACGAAGACCGGUAUCUCGCCGCGAAGCUGAAGAGGGAUGGGGUUCAAGUCGUGAUGGAGGAAUACGAGGCGAUGCCGCACGUGUUUGCGAUGCUGCUGGGCCACAUCAAGGAGGCGAGGCGGUGCAUGGAGGGCUGGUCGCAGUUUAUCGUCAAGACGACCGAAGAGCCGGAGAAGAUCGAGUCGAGCUUCACGACGAUCAAGGCCAGGACGCUUGCCGAAGUCGCGAUCGAGGUGGACAAGCUGACGCCAUACUCGGAUGCCGACGUGCAGAAACUGGCGUAUGACUGUCUUGGGAAGGAGGCACCCCCAUUGCCUGAGGCACUGGCGAAGCUGUAGCGCCAUCAUGCAAAUAAUACAGAAGACAUUGAAGGAUGAAGUUUUCAAUGAUGUGGACGUGCGUCGACGCAGCAGCAGAGGGGCCGCCUAAGUGUUUAUGUGCCAGUGAACGACACGCCGUGCCGUCCAGACUCUGACGCGAGUUUCUUAUCCUUGGGCGGCGGUAUGUCCCAACACCGG